GGGGGAGGGCGAGCGAGAGAGAGAGUGUGCGCCUGUGUCACAUCGAGAUGUUCAUGAUCAUUCGAGAGUCGACGGCGGCGGGAGGCGGUGCUACUGCCAUGAGCGUGCCACAGGAGAGGACCGCCAAACAGGUACAGGCCGCCAUCAAGAAGAAGGUGGAGAAGCGCAGAAAGCGCACCAACGAGCAGGGGGGAGACAUCAUCCAGGUGUCGACGCCGCAGCCCGGCCGUACUCAAAGAGGCGUCCACGUCCCGACGACGCCCUCGGAGGACGGCCCCACGCUGGAGGACAGGCUGGAGGAGCUGAUGGAGGCACCACAGAGAAGAGACAAGGUCAGGGAGGAGGCGGGGAGAGAGGAGGAGGAGGCGCCGGUCGACCUGCUGCCCAUCGUGGACUCUGUGUUUGGACAGGACAGAGAGCUGAGACCAGAAGAGAUGGACGAGCUCCGUGAGGCCUUUUUGGAGUUUGAUAAGAACAAAGAUGGCUACAUCAGCCACAAAGACCUGGGAGAGUGCAUGCGGACCAUGGGGUACAUGCCCACGGAGAUGGAGCUCAUCGAGCUCAGUCAGCAGAUCUGUGGGGGCAAAGUGGACUUUGAAGACUUUGUGGAGCUGAUGGGGCCCAAAAUGCUUGCAGAGACCGCAGACAUGAUUGGAGUCAAAGAACUGAGAGAUGCAUUCAAAGAGUUUGACUCCAAUGGCGACGGACAGAUCAGUUUAACGGAGCUCCGCGAGGCCAUGAAGAAGCUGAUGGGGGAACAAGUGACCAACAGAGAGAUUAACGAGAUACUCAGGGACGUCGACCUGAACGGAGACGGUUUGGUGGACUUUGAAGAGUUUGUGCGAAUGAUGUCGCGCUGAUGUGCACCAUGUGGAAGAUAACGGGAUAACGUUGGAAUACAUUACUCUUUCUUUCUUUGUUUGCAGCUCCAGAGUUAUAUUUUUACAGAAAAUAUUCCAAAAUAGAAUAAAAAGUGACUUGUGCAUAUACUGUAUGGGCUAAAGUGUUGGUGCUUUUCUCCAGCAUGGCUCAAAUUAAAGUCCAUAAAAGCAUGCUCGGAUGAGUUUGGUGUGGAAGAACCCCAUCAAGCACUGUUUGGGGUCCAACAUCAGUGACCUCUGACAUCACAAAUGCAUUUUUGUCACUAUUUCCACAGCCAGUGGAACACCCUACAGCUUGUUUGUUGGAGUGUACAUUUGUGUGGAAAACUGGAAAAAAAAAUAACUUUUAGUAAUAAAA